AUGGUGGACAAGCUUGUGGACCCCUGUGUCACAAGCCUCAUCUCAUCAGACCGAAAAUGGGAAGACGACAUGAAACUGUUGGGAAUGUUGGAGGGGUCAAGGAUCAAGGCCAGGCCGUCGGUUGUGAGUCUGAUCGAGGUGAUUGGAUGCGUUCUCCUGAUGAAAUUUCCAGACUUGGAGGAGGUUGGUCUGGACGACAAUGCUCGUGAUAAUUUUUGCCAGCUCCCCCUGCCAGCUGUGAAGUUGUUGUUGCGCCAUGCUGGAUUGAAAGUGGCUGCCAAGGAGACAGUGUUUUGGGUUGUGAAUGAAUGGAUGGACAAAAACUUCCCAGAAGGCAACAGAUCUGUUGCCACUUCUAGAAGUGGGGAUGCUGCUUUGGAGUUGGGCGGAUGCAUCAAGUUUUGCUUGUUGUCACCCUACUAUUUACAGGUGGUCAGCUCUGCACAGUGGAUGAGGGACGUAUGCACGUGGUGGGUAAAGGAGGCGCUUCAUUUUCAUACUUUGGCAGAUUUUCCAGGCGAUCUUCAACAGAUCAAAGAGCGCAUGGGCGACAGAUGUGUGCCGAGGCCAGGCUCCUCCCGACGCAGUUUUCAGAUCAUUUUCAACGAAGAUGCCAUGUUCGUCAGAGAUGCCCUCACUAGUAGUUGUGCACGUGAGCCAUACAUAGAAUCUGUGGUCGCUUUCAGGGGUUACACGUGGUCACUGCAGGCUUUCAAAGAUGGUGAUGUUGCGAUGUCAGUGUCAGUGUUUGUGAGAGGGCCAGCGAUGGCACCAUACUCCAGGAUAGACUGCUUAGGGGUGGAGAGGCCGCUGCCAUCAACUGACUGGCCUAAGUCUCUCGACUUGGAUGUGGAAACGACAGCAGGCCAUGUGCAUUUUGAAGACAAAGUGCCGGUUGGUUGGGGAAUUGACGAUGCACCAACGUUUUCUGCUGAUAUCUUCAACUGCAUGUUAGAAGCACAGGGUGAGCUCGUUGUUGGUGGACGCAUAAAAAUGAUAGCCACGGUGAUGUACUGA